GGUGAGGCCGCUCCCGCUGCCACACCCGCUGCGCCCGCCGCUGCUGAGCCGAAGGUUUGAGGGUAUAGGUUGGUACGAUCAGUGAUGGGUGCAGGCGUGUUGAGUUAUUGAUUAUGUGGCCAUGUCAUUCUCUGGAUCGAUAUAUCGAACAGUGCACGCGCGAUGACCCGACAGACUCAACUACCCAUAGGGAUAAACUUUAAGUUGUACAUGUAUCGACGAUAUCCAAUGUGGAUAGCUAUGUUCUGUUCAUCUGCGGAAAUGGGCUUUGCGUCGGUGCGCUCACCAUCCUCGUCAGUGCGAUCACCAUCCUCGUCGGUGCGUUCACCAUCCUCGUCAGUGCGUUCACCAUCUUCGUCAGGGAAGUCGCCCGGCGGCAGUCCGUCAGGGAAGUCGCCCAGCGGCAUUCCGUCAGGGAAGUUGCCUAGCGGCAGUCCGUCAGGGAAGCUGCCUAGCGGCAGUAAGACGGUCGGAUCGGCAGUAAACCGGUCGGGUCGGCGAUGGGAUGGCGAGAGGGCCGGGACUUCGCGCCAAUCUACUCGGCUGGGUCGCGUUUCGGAGGAGGGCCUGAACCUCCCUGUCCCAUCUCGCGCCUGAACCUCUCGUGUCAACUCGCGCCUGAACCUCCC